AUUGAAGAUCUGAAGGAGAUAAACCAUGAGCUAAGGCAACAUGUCAUACAGUUGUUAGAUAAGAGGCAACUCGUGGAAAAUCAAGUGGAUAGAUUCACCUGUAAAAAUGAUCAUCUGUAUAAACAACUUGCUGUAAUUGGCAAGCUAUCUGAGCAGCUGGAAAAUGAAUUGCUGUUGAAUACUGCUGAUAAGGAGCUUCAGGAAGCAAAGAUUCAAAUUCGACACCAGCAGAGUAAGAUAAAGAAUCUGGAACACACGGUGAAAACACUAAAAUCUGUUAUUUUGCAAACAGAACCUGAAAUAAGACACGGGAAGUCACCUUCAAGGCUUGAUGCCUUUAUUAAGACAUUGGAAGAGGACAGAGAUUACUAUAAAAGUGAGACUGAGAAUUUGAUGAAGUUAUUUAGAAAGACAUUUUCAAGUCCUAAGCGAACCUCUACUUGGGGCAGCAUGUCAAAAAAUUUUUCAUCCAUUCAGGGCAUGAAUUCUGAUACAAAAGUCUUGAAAAUAUUGAAAGAACAUGAAGAACUUAAGUCAACAGUGAAAAAAUAUGAGCGCCACAUGGCAGAAAUUCAGGGUAACCUCAAAGUUUUAACAGCUGAGAGAGACAAAAUUGUCAAUCUUUAUGAACAGGCCCAGGAGGAGCUUUCCCGCCUCCGUCAGGAAGCCAUCCAACGCCCCAGGGCGCCGGGAGGCGCCGCCAGAGCUCAGGCUGUGCUGCGGCACCUGGAGGCAGAAAGGGACGCGGCGCUGGCAGACUUCCGACGGAUGGCCACGGAGCGCGACAGCCUCAGGGAGCAGCUAAAGAUUUCCCAAGAGACUGCGUUUAAUGAAAAGGCUCAUCAGGAACAGAGAAUUGAAGAGCUAGAAACUAUUAUUCAAAAUUUAGAUAGUGAACGGUCAGAACAGAUGUCUGAAGUGGCACUAAUGAAAGACACCAUUGAAUCUCUGGAAAGGGAGGUGAAAAGAUUGGCAAGAGCAGCACUGGACUCUGAAGCUGAGCGGAGCCGACAGGAAGCUGAAUGUGUCUCACUAAGGUUAUUGAAUGAAAAGACAGAACAGAGUCUUUCAGAGACUCAGCGAAACCUUGUCAAGAAAAAAUAUGAAAUGGAACUUACCCAAGAGAAAAUUAUGCUUUUGGAUGAAAAAAUUGAUAGCUUUUCAAGACAAAGUCUUGUACAACAAGAAGCGAUCUGUGCUUUGAAAGAAACAAUUGCACAACUUGGUAAAGAGAAGGCAGCUCUGCAAGACUCUCUGGAAGAAGGAAAAGAGAAGAUUGCUACCUUUGAGGAAAGCCUGGCAAUUAAAGAGAAGAUAAUUUCAGAUUUCAAGAUUCUGAUUUCUGAGUUGGAGCAUACCACAAAAAAAUCUACUGAAGCACUCAGUAUCUGUGAGAAAGACAUCACCAGUUUGCAUCAACAGCUCCAAGAAGCCAACAAAGAGCUUGCACAGACUAACAAGAACAGAGAAUCAUUAGCUCAGGAGAAUGACAGGUUACAAGAACAUCUUUCUAAUAUUAAGGAAGACAACCAGGUACUAUAUGAAAAACUAGCAAAGUACCAAAAUGAGCUAGAUGAUAUGAAGUUGAAAGCCCAGGAUUCAAACGCAGAUAUUGUUAGGCUGAAGGGUGCACUGAAGUCUAAAGAGAGAGAGAACUGCGAGCUUUUGGAGAAUUACCACAAAGCCUGUGAACAAGGAAGAAGUUGGGAAGCAAAAUGGAAUCAAGCAGAAGCAGACUGUAGCUCUGUUAGGCUGGCACUGCUCAGUGCAGAGGCUGAGAAAUGCAGGCUGAAAGAGAAACUGGAGUCUCUUGAAACAGAGAUGGAGCAACUACAGAUCAAGUGUGAGUUAUCCUGUUCUGAAAUAGAGCUGCUGCAAAAACAACUGGGAAAUGAAAGAACAUCUAUCAAAAACCUGGAAUCUUUGCUUAUGUCCAAUUGUGAGAAAGAGUUUCAGUCACAGAAAGCAAAACAAGAAAAAGACUCUGAAAUUCAGUUUCUCAAGGAACAGCUUUCUGUUGCAGAAAACAAACUUGCUGUGCAGAGUCAAGAUAUUGCUCAGUUCAGAAGCAGAGCAGCUCAGCUAGAGUCAGAACUGGAUAUCACCAAAAGGCAGCUGGGGGCCGAGCGCUGUGAAAGGCAA